AUGCUUGUCUCACGAGAUUAUGUGCCGGCGAAUAAUACUGGCUCGACUGCGAUUGUCGUAGUGUCCUGGAUCUUCCCCGUGCUUGCGACCUUCGCUGUAGCGGCUCGAUUUGGUUCGAGGAAGCUCACCAAAAGCGUUUAUGGCGCUGAUGACUGGUUCAUCCUGGCGGCGUUGUUGCCCGUUUGGGGACACACUGCCAUUAUCCUAGCUUCCAGCAUCGUUCUAGGCUACCAAGUCUGCUGGAUGCUAAUGACCAUCCUCAUCGGCGCAUGCAUGUGUCGCCCCUUUGCAAAGAACUGGAAUCCAAUGCUGAAAGGUCAUUGCGGUGAUCGCAUCCCAGCCUACAUCGCAAUUGCUGCGCUCGACAUUGUGGGCGACUUCUCAAUCAUGUGUCUCCCCUUACCCAUGAUCUGGAAAUUACACACCAGUACCACAAACAAGAUCGGGCUGAGUUUCGUCUUCGCUUUGGGAACCCUCGACAUCAUAGUCGCCAUCCUCCGCAUAAUCUACCUCGUACAACUAAACACAACCAAAGACUACACCUGGGACGCAGUCGACUGCUGGAUCUGGUCCGUCCUCGAACCCAGCUUGGCAGCGAUGGUAGCAUGCGGUCCCACGCUCGGGCCGACAAUAAGCAGCUGCCUGGGCCGCGUACGGUCCUCGAUAAAAUCCUCCAAGGCCACAGCCACCACCUCCUCCUCCAGCCAAUACCUCUCCUACCCGAAGAAUCCGCGCCAGUUCAGCAAUAUCAGUGAUAGUGAGUAUCCGUUGCAGAAUGUGUACGGGAAUCAUACUACGGCGGCGUCGAAAGCUGGGGGUGGGGAGCAGGCGCCGACGCUUAUUGAUGAAGAGGUGGAUGAGAGGGAAAUGAGCCUAGGGGUGGAGGAUACGGAGGCGCUGAGGGGCUCGCCGGGGAUAAGAGUCCAGAAGGAUGUGCAAAUACGGAGGUCGCCUUCGCAUCCUGUGGUAGCAGAGUCAUGA